GCGCAGUAAAUAAAGAUUUAGCAGGCCCAAAUCUGGACGCUAGGUUAAGUCCCACCAGCCAAACUCAAUGUGGGACACCGCUGUAGGUAGCUGUGGUUAGGUUAAGAGUGACAAUAACGCUAAGUCAGGUCGGUGUGGGUGUGAGAGCAGGAGCGCAUGAGUCGACACAGCGCGUUGCACAAACCUACACCGCUAAGAUAUUAGGCAAUUCAGCGCCAGCCAGUUAAACCGGGGGUUUAAAAUGCUUCCCAUCACAGCCACUCUCAUCAAAAGCACCCGGGUCAUCCAGUGCGUUAGGCUGCUACACACGUCUCCUAUCGCCAAGAUGCCAAUUCAGGUUGGUGAACAUCUCCCCGCAGUCGAGGUCCAGGAGGGGGAGCCAGGAAAUAAGGUGGUGAUGGAUCAGCUCUUUAAGGGGAAGAAAGGAGUCCUCUUUGCUGUACCUGGAGCUUUUACCCCUGGUUGUUCCAAGACUCACCUCCCAGGUUUUGUGCAGCAGGCUGAGGACUUGAGGAGCAAAGGUAUACAGGAGGUCGCAUGCAUUUCUGUCAAUGACGCAUUUGUCAUGGCUGCCUGGGGAAAGGAGCAUGGAGCAGACGGCAAGGUUCGAAUGCUGGCUGAUCCUACUGGAGCAUUUACAAAGGCAGUUGACCUGUUACUUGACAGUGAUCAGAUUGUGCAGAUACUUGGAAACAAGCGCUCCAAGAGAUAUGCAAUGUUGGUGGAAGAUGGAGUUGUGAAGAAGAUCAAUGUGGAGCCUGAUGGCACUGGGCUGACCUGCAGCCUGGCCUCCAAUAUUCUUUCUGAGCUGUAGGCUUAUUCAGACAGAGCUCAGUAAUCCAAACUGCAAACUGCGACUUACUAUAAAAGUUGCACUAUAAAAGCCCAGUAUUUACUCCUUCGAGCUUUUUCCUUUUCCCAAAGAUGGAUGCAGAAUGUCAUGUGGAUUCUAGUGUCAGAAGAUAACACAGCUGGAAGCUAAUUAAUGCGCACAACUAUGACAUGAAUGGCAAGCUAAGGGAACUUGCCUCAGCCUCUGUUUACUGUUACUUGUGAGUAAAUAAAAUUCACCUAUAUAGCAAUAAAGAAUAUAAAACCA